AUAAACCCAAAUGUCACAGACACUGUUAGCAGAGACAAUACACCAGUUCAAAACAUAUGGACGAAAAGAAUAAUUCAAUUUAUCUUCGAGUAUUUUUGGGACAUUUUUAGUUUUAUAUCUCUCGGACAGGUGUGCGGUCCUAUUCAAUCACCAAUUCGCCAAACUCGUACAUUCAAUGGAAUUCGCCGAACUGAUUCUAACUCCAAAAUUGGAUGGAGUUACUUUACACAGUCCAUUGAGCCAGUCGCUUGAGCCAGUCGACGGAACUUUGUGCAUUACCGGUCACCAUCUAAUAUUGAGCUCGAGACGGGAAGGUGUGCAAGAGUUAUGGCUACUGCACGCCGCCAUCGAUGCCGUGGAAAGGAAGCCCAAUAUGCUGAAUAAUGUUUUGCAGGGCGGUUUGAUCGUACUGAAAUGUAAGGAUCUACGGAUCAUAUCGUUGGAAAUUGGCACGGCCCAAGAAUUCCUGAACGUUGCCUAUUCCAUCGAAAAUCUGUCGAAUUUACACGGCUGUCAGUUUCUGUAUCCGUUCUUCUAUCGGCCCAUGUACAGUAUACUGGAAGACGGAUACACGAUGUUCCAGGGAGAAUUGGAAUUCUCCAAAUUACUGGCCAGCGACGAAUGGCGAUUUUCCACCGUAAAUAAGGAUUAUUCCGUGUGCUCGACGUAUGCACCGAAAAUUCUUGUACCGAAAUCAAUCAGUGACGAAGAAAUUGUACAAUCAGCUGCCUGGCGUGACGGCGGUCGCUUUCCAAUGUUAAGCUAUCGUCACGAAAACGGGGCGAUUUUAAUGCGCAGCUCUCAGCCGAUGAACAAUCAAAAUAACAAACGGUGUCGAGCCGACGAAGCCAUUCUGAAUGUGGUGCUGGGUCGAUGUAAAAAGGGAUUCAUUGUGGACACUUGGGGCAAAGGAAAAUCGAACACCGAAACCGAUCAGCACUACACACAAUGGCGAAAGGUGGCAAGGCCAAUUGGAAAUCUGUCCUCAGCGUCCGGAAUUCUGGAUUCGUUUGCCAAAUUCAUUGAAGCAUGCAACGAUCUGUCCUGCACUCCCGAUAAAUGGCUCUCGCGUCUGGAUGGCUCCGGUUGGUUGACCUUAGUCUUGAAUUCAUUAAACGCUGCCUGUGUCGUGGCCCAAUGCCUUGAUCAAGAGGGAAGUCCAGUAUUAGUGCAUGGUGGCAAAGGAUUGGACACGCCGUUGCUAGUCUCAUCGCUGGUACAGAUUAUCCUGAAUCCAGACUGUAGGACUUUACGAGGGAUGCAGGCUUUAAUUCAUCGCGAAUGGAUCGAAUCGGGAUUUCCAUUUGCCACCCGCCAUAAGCAUAGCUGUUACACACCGUCCCAAAUUCGAGCUAAAACAUCGGCAUCCACUUUCGUGCUAUUCCUCGACUGUGUCUACCAAUUGCACAGCCAGUUUCCGUGUAGUUUCGAAUUCGGCACUAAUCUACUCACCAUACUGUUCGAGCACAGCUUUGCCAGUCAGUAUGGAACAUUUCUGGGCGACAAUGAACGCGAACGGGAACUGCUGAAGUUGCAUAGCAGAACGACCAGUCUGUGGUCGUAUUUAAAUCGACCCGAUGUGCUGAAAAGUCUGCUGAAUCCAAUUUACGAACCAAAUCAAUCGGUAAUAUGGCCGUCCGUGGCACCAAUUAGCAUAAUGGUUUGGUCAGAACUUUAUUUCCGUUGGAUAAUCGAUCAGAGUGGCACCAGAACGAUUGUGAAUCAAAUUCAAACGCUAGUCACCCAAGAAAAGGAACUGAGAACCAAAGUGAUUCGGUUGCGCAAACAACUAAGUGAUCUUACAAAGGAAUUUCAACUGAACAACAUUGCUGUGGACAGUUAAGUUUAGAAUUUAAGUGUCAC